CCGAGGGAAGGAAAGGAAAAUGAAUGUUGGUCUGGUUUCUCCGAAGGCAGACUAUGUGAAUAGUUGGUAUUAGGCCCUGAUGAGUGGAGGAGUUUCCCACAUUUUCUCAGCAAUCAAAUGGGGGAUUAAGAACUUUCAAAUGUUUAUACUCAGGGAACCCAAUAUGUUAUUUUCUAUUUGUUGUUUGUUGUUAGAAAAUUUUGGUGGGUUUAGAAUAUGUAAUCUAUGAGAACCAAUACAUACACUUGAAACUUCUGAAGGAAUUAGGAGGGUUUUGAGAAUGUUUGUGUUUGAAAUCAAAGAAGUAAGUGUCCACAACACGAGGGCGUUCUUUUUAUUAUCCUUCUGGGUGUCUCCAACAUGAUUUAUAAGAAAGUAAUAUAGAAAAUGGGAGUGAUUAUAUGUACUGUAGAAAUGUAAUCAUUAGAUUGAAAUUUGCACCUGCAAAAUAAAAUUGUUUGAUUUCGCUUACAUCUUCUAUAGCAUCCAAAAUGAGUGAACUUUCUUUGCAUAUCAUGGAACAGAAAAAGUUUGCCUUCUUUUCUUCUAUGAUUGUCGUUGUGUCUCCAUUCCAAGUUUUUUAGAGCCAGAUGGGGAUCGUUCUGCCUCCAUAGAAUUCAAACUCUUCCAGUUAUAGACACUUAUGGAAUCCAUAUAAUUUUUAUGUCUCUGCAAGAAAGAAAGAUUGGCAUAACAUCAUAGUUACACAAGCUCAAGGAUUCUGAUUCAGUUAUUGCCGAGUUGAGGGUUAUGAUUAACAAUAUGUUUGCAUGCUUAGACUGUUCCUUAAACAUAAUGAACUCAACCCCUAAAGAAUAUUUUGAAUCCCAUUAUUGUUUGAAGGCAUCCUACUGCUAUUCUUUGUUCUCUCAAGUCUCACCAUACUGCAUUCACUAGAACUUUCCUUGAAGCAUGUAUAGAGAAACUAUUGUGUGAACAAUGAGCCUUUUGGUGUUCUACAAUGCUUUUCUUAAUAAGGUAUCAGAGCUUGGGUUGAAGAUUUCUGGAAGAGUAAAAGAUCACAAAGCACACAAGAUGAAAACAAAAGGAAUUUUCACUGAAGGUGGAGUCAAUUGCUCUUUCGUGGUGAUAUGAUACAAAAAGGUUUGUGUCAUGGAGAGAUUGAAGAUUAACUUCAUGUAAUUUGGUCCAAGGUGGAGAUUGUUGGGAAUUGUCCCAACAGGAUGGAACUUGGUGUCCAGGGGGAGGGAGGGAAUCUUGUGUGACAAGCUUUUGGAAAGUUAUUAGAAGAGGGUGAGCUGCCUUCCAAUCAAGGAUGAGUAUUUCAUGGGUGAUGAUCUAAAGGCCAAGUUUUGAUGUGAUGUUAGGUGUGUGAAGUCUUAUUAGAAAUAUUGUUUCCCAUACUUGUUCAACUUCACAGCUAGCAAAAAUACUUGGGCAGUUGAUUUUUGGAUAGGUGGAUGACUGGGCUUUAUAACCCAAAGUUUCUGAGGGUUCCCAUGAUUGGGAGUUGUAGUAAAGCUGGUUUUGCAGCUUCUUUUCCCCUUUGUUGUUCUGGGUGUUUGUGAAGAUAGAUUAGUGAAGAUGGCUUGUAAUUAUGAUUCUCUAUAUAAGUAUUUCUGCUGAUCUUUAAGUUGGGAGGCUCUUAGUCAUUUCUAGCUGGUAACAUAAGGGAUUCUACUGCUCCAUCUAAGGUUGGUUUCUUUCUUAGGAGAUGAUGCAGGAGAAGAUUCUUAUGCCAAUCAACUUAUGAGAAGGGGGGCUGGACAUUGGUUGAUUAAAGUAAUCUAGGAAACAAAAGAGUAUUUUGCUAACCAUAUCUUCAUUCGUUGUGAAUGAGCUUGCACUUUGUGGUCAGUUUAUGGUCUUUUUUGUUAUCCUUUUUGAAGGUGUCAUGGGUCCUCAUCAGUUUCUCAAGGAUGCUUUGCAUUGCAAGCAGGGUGGUUUUGUGGAUAAGGGUAACAAGGCAGCAUGCAAGAUGACCCUUAGGUUUGUUUUGUCUUGUUUUAGGAAGAGCAGAAUCGAAAUAAUUUUCAUGGAUUGACAUGUUCCAAAUUGGCAUAGCAAGAUCUCACUCUCAAAUAUAUGUUUGCUUGAUCAAAGAUUCUUUGGGAUUGGGGAAUGUUAAUAUGUCUUACUUAAAUUUUAUUGAUAGCUUGGAUAGAGUUUAAGUGAGGCUUGUGCCAAUCAAACUUAGUUUGGUUUCUUUGGCUUUUGGCAUGCAUUGUAUAUUUAUAUUGUAUUAAAGUAGUGCUCUCUUUUUUUUUAGGCAUCUUAUGUUUCUAAUUUGAAUAUAAAAAAAGAAUGUAAAUUUGCAAUCAAUAGAUACGACAACAUUAUAUCUCUUGAUACCAAUUCUAGUGAGAUGGAGGAGAGAGAGAGAGAGAGAGGGCUAGAGAGAGAGAGAGUGAGAGUGCCGGCGGAGAGCGAGGCGUGCGGCGAGCGAAAGAAAGGGUAGAGGGCGGAGCGAGUGAGGGCGCAGAGGGUGAUGUUUUCAUGGGGGCUAGGAAAAGCGUUAGAAAGGGUAGUUUUGGAGUGGAGUCGAAGUCAUUUGAGGUCGUGGUGGAGGAGCAGAAAGGUAAGGUGCAAGCUACGAUUGUGGAAAGGAAAGAAAAGGAGGGAUCUCCUCGUGGAUAAGGCUGGGAUCGAAGAGCAUUGGGUUCUUUUUCGAUGGUCUGGUUCUUUGUAUUAAGAACACGGGAUCUGGUAAAUGGGAAAGAAAGUGGAGGGAAAGUGGGAGGGCCUACUCUCUGGUGCGGGAUCAAAAUAAGAGGGAGUGUUUUAUUCGAUUAGAGGUUGCGGACCUGGAAAACAAAAGGUUCUGCAUCUUUAUUCCAAAAAGAAGAGGAGCUAAGGGUGGUUGGGUUUCAAUGGUGGAGACGCUACGACGAUUGGGUUUUACUAACGGAGAAGAGGGAUGCCAGAAAGAAGAAGCGCUGUUGUCAAAACCCAGCAUGGGGAAAACCUACGCGGAAGUGGCUAAGCAGCCAAAAGGAAAAGAAAAAGCAGCAAUUCGGGUGGAGAUAAGAAAGAAGGAGCUGAGCCGAAACUUAAAUAAGCUGGCUCACCGUUUGGUUGGGAUUUGGAACCCUAGCUCUGUGAGAGGGGAUGACCUAAGAAGUUGGGGGACCUAUUUGGCGAAUAUUUGGAGAUUGAAGGGUAAUCUAGGGCUAGCGAAAUUGGAAAGGGGCAAAGUUUUACUCGACUUUGAGUUUUUGGCAGAAGCAGAGAAAGCCCUAAAAAUCGAGGGUAUUUCGGUUGGGGCGUCUCUCCUUCACUUGGAGAAAUGGAGGCUCGAGUUGGGAUGCCUAAUGGAUGGGGAGAAAAGGAGCGAGGCUUGGGUGCGUAUUGUGGGAUUACCCGUUUCCUUAUGGGAUCGGGCCAUUCUGAGAAGGAUAGGGGAGGAGUGCGGGGGCUUCCUCACAAUCGAUUCCCAAACGGAGAAGCUGGAGGAUUUGCAGUGGGCAAGGAUCCUGGUGAAGCUCAACGGCGAGAAGCUUCCCAACGUGGUGGAGGUUUGGGCUGAGGAUUUAUGCUACGAGGUAACCCUCUGGUGGGAGGUCAGGUCAGUCCUAAGAACGGCAAUGGCAAGAAAGAGCAGAAACAUUGUCGGUACAGAAGGCAAGGUUGGGGGUGAGGCCAUCAAACUUGCGGUCGAGCGCGUGAGGGGGGAGGACAACGCCCCGAGGUUUGAGGACCUGCUACGACCUGCUGUUGGGAUGAGGGGGCAAACUAGUGGGUCGAGGCAGGCCAUGGGCCAUGUUUGGUGAUCUGUCGGGCUGUCAGUCGGGCCCCAAGGUUCGGGUGGGCCUCCGUCGCCUCGUCGAGCAGAGCCCUUUGUGACCUUUGGGCUUGCUCCUCUUGAGGCCUUUCCCUGCGAGUUUGGGCCGUCUCAUUUUGGGUUGUCGUCUCUUAAGGGUUCUGGGCGGGCUAAGGCAAAGGAGCCUGUUGUGCCUGGGCUGGUUUGCUGAGGUCCGGCCUUGCCUUUAGCUGAGGGAAAAGCCCAACUGGAGGCGUCCUGCCUUUACAAUAUUUCUAGCCCAAGACUUAUGAGGAGUCCAAACCAUUCCAUCUCUUCCUUCUAGGUGUACGAAGGUCUGCGGAGACCUUUGACUGAGGAGCAGCUUUUAAAGGAGAGUUCGAAGACUGACUGUGCUCUAAUGGAGGAAGCUUCGAGGUAUGGGAACACCUCUAACCCUUGUGGAACGUUGGUUUGUGAUUUCUCCUCUCCCCCUUCUUCUUUUUCUGGUCGGACUCCAUUGGGGGAGUAUUACGACCGUUCUGGGGCCGGAUUGGAAAACUCCAAAGGGAAUCACCGGGCCGCAUGGUUAUUGGUAAGGAGUCUUCAGUGAUGGAGACUGUUACUCGCUGGGAGCUAAUGGAAGUUAAUAAUGGUAGUAUUGAAGAAAGUGGAGAGGAGCUUUGCUUAGCUAGUGCUAUGCCACUUGAAGUUAGAGGUUGGGAGGAAAGCGAUUUGGCGAGGUUCAACAAGUUUUUAGGGUUUUCGACAGAGGGAUUGGAGAAGGACAUUUUGGAGUUUCUGGUCAAAAUCAGAAAAAAAAAAAAUGGAGAGAGUUCAUAGUAAAACUCUUUUGGAAAAAUCAAAAUUUGAAAGGGAAUUGAAGAGACUUGAAUGCUCCAUCGAUUAUGAAGGAGGGAGGAAGCAGAAAGGUACAAUGCAAGGAAGAGGGUGUCAGAUUUUGGUUGUCCAAUGAAGUUAAGGUUGUUGAGCUGGAACGUGCGUGGAGCUAACGAUAGCUUUAAAAGAAAGGUGAUCAAGACCAUGAUUAGAAGUCAGAGGGUGGAUUUGUUCUGUAUCUAGGAAAUUCAGACAAUGUCUGAGGGUGUGGUGAGGAGUUUGGGCUUUGGGAGGUUUCUUGAUUGGGGAGCCAUGGGUGCUCAAGGCUCUGCGGGUGGGAUUUUGAUCUACUGGGACAAAAGGUCCCUGGAAUUGCUGAAGAUGGAGGUGGGACAAUUUUCUAUUUCCUGUAGGCUCAGGAAUGUUGAAGAUGGGCUUGUUUGGAUUUUCACUGGAGUGUACGGGCUGUUCACCAAGAAAGAAAUGGAGACUAUGUGGGAGGAGCUAGGGGCAAUAAGGGGCAUCUGGGAUGAGCCCUGGUGUUUAGGGGAUGACUUUAAUGCCACCCUCUCCCAAAGGGAAAUGAGUAGUCAGGGUAGUUUAAAUGGUGCAAUGAGAAGGUUUGCUUAGGUGGUUGAUGAACUAGAGCUCCUAGAUUUUCCUCUGCAAGGGGGUGUGUUAUCCUGGAGUGGGGGUAGGAACAAUCAGUCCUGGGCUAGACUGGAUCGUUUCCUGGUGACCCAAAGCUGGCUUGACUUGUUUAGGGGGUUGUCCAAAGUAGGCUUCCCAAGCCCACUUCAGAUCACUUUCCCAUUCUGUUGAAGAGUGGCGGGCUAAGUUGGGGACCCUCCCCGUUCAGGUUUGAAAACAUGUGGCUUAAAGUUGAUGGUUUUAAGGAUCUCUUUCGGGAUUGGUGGCAGGGAGCGGGGAGGAGAGGAAGGGUCAACUUUAGACUGGCUGCUAAGCUGAAGGUGUUGAAGGAGAAAAUCAAAGUUUGGAACAUGGAUGUGUUUGGUAGGCUGGAAGUUAAUAAAAGCUCAGCUCUCUAGCAAGUUGAUUUUUGGGAUAGGGUGGAAUGUGAAAGGGGUCUGUCAGAAAAAGAAACGGAGUUGAAAAAUGAAGCUAAGGAAACCUUUAAAAAGUGGGUGCUUUUGGAAGAAACCCAUUGGAGACAAUUGUCAAGGGAACUGUGGCUAAAGGAAGGAGAUUAGAACACAGGGUUUUUCCACCAGAUGGCCAAUGCCCACUGGAGAAACAACUCUUUGGAUAGAAUCAAGAUCAAUGGGGUGGAGUUGGCUGAGAAGCAGGAGGUGAGGGAGGGGAUUGUGAAUGCUUUUCAGCAACAACUCUUGGAAGAGCCAGGAUAGAGAGCUGACAUUGAGGGGUUGCACCUUCAAUGUCUAAACCACAGUGAAGCUGAAGCUCUGGAGCUGCCCUUUAUUGAGGAAGAAAUUUUCUUAGCUCUGAUGGAACUGAACGGAGACAAGGCUUCAGGCCCAGAUGGGUUUUAAGGAAUUUUAUGACCAUAAAUCUUUUGCCAAAAGUCUAAAUAUUACCUUCUUGGUCCUCAUCCCAAAAAAAGGUGGGGCUGAGGACCUCGGGGAUUUUCGGCCUAUCAGCCUAUUAGGGAGGCUGUACAAGCUUCUGGCCAAAGUGCUGGCCAAUAGGCUGAAGAAGGUGUUAGGUAAGAUGGUCUCAGCGGAUCAAAAUGCGUUUGUGAGGAGGAGACAGAUUUUGGACGCCUUUCUCAUAGCUAAUGAGGUGGUUGAUUAUUGGCAGAAGCGGAAAGAGAAAGGGCUGGUUUGCAAACUGGAUAUUGAAAAAGCCUAUGAUAGUAUUAAUUGGAACUUCCUCAUGAAGGUUUUGCACAAGAUGGGCUUUGGGUCUCAUUGGAUGGAGUGAAUUUGGUGGUGCAUCUCAACUGCAAAAUUUUAUGUUCUUGUCAACGGGGUGCCAGCAGGCUUCUUUUCCAGUUCAAAUGGGUUGCGUCAAGGAGAUCCCAUUUCUCCUUACCUUUUUGUUUUGGGUAUGGAAGUGCUGAGUGCACUUAUAAGAAGGGUUGUUAAUAGGGGCUUCAUUUCUGGUUGCAGACUUCGAGGGAAAGGGGGGAUGGAGAUGAAUGUGUCCCACUUGCUCUUUGUUGAUGACACAAUCAUCUUCUACGAAGCAAGGAAGGAGCAUCUAACUCAUCUUGGCUGGAUUUUGGCGUGGUUUGAGGCGGCUUCUGGUCUUAGGAUUAAUCUGGCUAAGAGUGAAUUAAUUCCUGUUGGGGAGGUUGAAGAUAUUGAAGAUAUGGCUGUGGAGUUAGGGUGUAGAGUGGGGGAUUUUCCUGUUAAGUAUUUGGGGCUGCCCCUUGGAGCCCAUCACAAGGCCUUGUCUAUGUGGGAUGGGGUGGAGGAAAGUAUGAGGAGAAGAUUAGCUCUUUGGAAAAGGCAUUACUUGUCUAAGGGUGGGAGAAUUACCCUCAUUAAAAGUACAUUGGUCAGCAUUCCCAUCCAAUUGUCCCUUUUUCGAAUGCCUAAGUUAGUGGUAAAAAGGCUUGAAAAUUACAAAGAGAUUUUCUUUGGGGAGGGGGAAGUCUGGAAAGGAAAAUCCACUUAAUCAAUUGGGAGGUGGUGUGCACUCAAAAGGAGAAGGGGGGUCUUGGCAUUCGGAAGAUUGUUUUAUUGAACAAGGCUUUGCUGGGUAAGUGGAUAUGGAGAUUUGCCUUUGAAAAAUAUCUAUUUUGGAAGAAGGUGAUCGGGGUGAAGUAUGGCCAAGAGGGAUGUGGUUGGAGAACUAAUGAAGCUCGUGGUAUUUUUUGAGUGGGGGUUUGGAAGGAGAUCCUGAAGGAGGCAAGUUGGUGUUGGGAUAACAUUGAGUUCAAGGUGGGAAGGAGGACUAAGGUCAAGUUCUGGACUGACCAUUGGUGCGACAACGCAGCGCUGUCCCAAAAUUUUCCCCAACUUUUUGCCAUGGCGGUCUUUAGAAACGCAAUGGUCAAUGAAGUGUGGGAUUCAAGCCUUGGUCAAGGAGGGUGGAAUCUCAAAUUGUCUAGAGAUUCUAAUGAUUGGGAGCUGGAUUUAAUAGAAGAGCUACUUCUUUUGCUAAGGGACUUCAGGAUUUCUUCAGAAGAGGACUCAAUGUUAUGGAAAGGAAGGGGUCUUGAUAUUUUUCAGAUUCGGGAUGCUUAUAAUUUGAUGGCUGCCCCCAAUCCCCGUGUCUUUCCGAAAAAAAGCAUUUAGGUGGAUAAGGUUCCAACCAAAGUUGUUUUCUUUGCGUGGGAAGCCACUUGGGAAAAAAUCCUCACGUUGGAUAGGCUUCAAAAACGAGGGUGGCAGCUCCCUAAUCGUUGUUAUUUGUGUGGCUGUGAAGAGGAAAAUGUAAAUCACAUUCUUUUACACUGUACAGUGGUCAGGGUCCUCGGGGAGAUCGUCCUUGCCUUGUUUGGGGCUCAGUGGGUGUUCCCAGAGACAAUCAAAGAGGUGUUAUUUUGUUGGAGGGGCCCUUUUGUGGGGAAAAAGAAGAAAAAGAUUUGGAAUUCCAUCCCGUUGUGUAUUUUUUGAACAGUUUGGAAGGAAAGAAAUAGAUUAGCUUUUAGAGGGGGUUCUUUAGCUAUUCAGACACUCAAGAAUUCUUUUGUAUGUAAUUUGUAGAGUUGGGUUAGGGUGUAUAUGGGAGAAGAGUCCUCUUCGCUUUUAGGCUUCUUGGAGUGGUUAGCGGCUCCUUAAGGGCUAAUGAGGUUGUUCUGUUUAUGCGUUUUUUGCUUUUUGGCUACUUUGUAUACUCUCUGUAUGCUUUGUGGUUUUCCGCCCUUUUUUAAUAUAUUUUGUGCUCAUUUAUCAGAAAAAAAAAAAAAAAAAAAAAGAUACGACAACAUUGUCAUUGCCAAUUGUUUGGUAUCUUUCUGACAGAAUGGGAUAUACAUAACUGCCCCAUCACUUAAUUUAGGAAAGUUGGUAGCUUAUCACAUGCGAGAAAGGGUGUUAGAGCAUGAUAUACAUAGUUGGGCCACAACCUAAUUUAAGAAAGUUAGUAGCUUAACAAAAUGCAUGAAGUAUCACAACUGCUCAAUGUAUAUACUGUCCUAUGAGGUUCAGAUUGCUUUGGCCAUUCCAUUCAGGUGAUUUUCCAAUUGAAUAACAGGAGCAUGGUGCUUUUCUCCAUGAAUAAGAUCAGAAUCACAAAUUUGUUAAAUGUGUGCUAUAUGGACUUAGGUAUAAAUAUUAGGUUAAAGACAUCACUAAAAUAACCUAAUUUCCAUUUUUCUCAUUCUACGCCACGUGCUGAAUUAAAAUAUAUAAUUAAGAUGAAAUAUACAAUGUGAAUCUAAGGAUUCUUCUUUGUGAGAGACACUUGUUGUUUACACAUUUGGUCAAUAGGCAUAUCAAGGAUAUAACCCAUACCUAACAUUGUUAUGUCAUGUCCAACACUGUACAUAGCAUACUUUGAAGCAUCUAUGCACAUAGUUUAAAAUGGACUCAUCAUCUGCACAUCAUGCUAGUCAAUGGUUGUAGAUUGUGUUGUUGCAAGAGCUUUGUUGCACAAGGAACUAAUUAGCCAUGCAUACUGCAUGGAAGAAGCAAGGCAGGCCAUUUUCCAGCAUGAUGAAAUGUUUAUAUAUAUUAGCUAGAAGGCUGGACCGAUGAUGUGGAAUUAGACUUUACAUCAUAUUCAAUGAAAUAUCUACUUUUCCCAGAAUAUUAGGUUAAAAUAAAGCAACCAAAUCUACAUUAUAUAUUUGUUAUUUUUGCUGGAUUAGCAGGUCAUUCUAAAAAAGUGGUUGCCUAAAACUCAGUGUUCUAGCAGUUCUAGGAUAUAUCACGACUGACCACAGGGCAUGAGUUAUUUAGAUAUGAAUCUUAAAAUUGUUGAAUACUCCCCAUGGCAAUGUGAGUCAUUUUUUUGCCAUACAGCCCUAAUGAACAGAAUUUUCAUUGAGAUGGAACUAGUGUUGUCAAAGGCGAUUGCUUGGGUCACCAGGGCCACCAAACAAGGGGGGGAAAUAAAGUCUCCUCUUGAAGACCUAGGUGAGGUGGCUUCAAAGAGGCGAUGCCAAGGCAAUCGCCCUGGGAUAAGGCUCAAGGCAGUUGCCUUUUACAAUGGGUGAAGAUUACACAUAGAUUGUCAUUUAAUUCAAUCUAAGAUCAGAUUAAAAGAAAAAAAAAGUAUAUUAUAAAACAUUAUAUUAUCAAUCAUUGGGAUAAUGAGGUGGAGGGCUAUCAAUCUAUUCUUGAUGGAAAUUAUGACAAUUUUAAUUUCAAUGAUGACAAUGAUGAUGAUGCCUAAAGCUUCUCUAGGAUGCUCAUUAUCUUAUUGUGCUUUUAUUCUGAUUUUUGGAUGUUUGGAAAAUUAGAAUAUGCAUUUAGAAAAGGUGAAUUUCUUCUCUAAACAAUAUAAUGUCUCUUACAAUGUGGGAUAUAAUAUUUAACACUUAGAAUAAUUAUUACUAUUUUGUUGACUUUAUAAGACACCAUGAGGAUGAAAAUUUAAUACUAGAAUGGACUGAUCACUGUAAAUGAUAGUAAAAAUUGGAAUUACAUCAUUUGAUGACCAAUGUCUGUUACAUAACAGACAAAGAGACUCAUCUAAAAUGAUGUUAAGAAACUUUAAUACAUUUUAAAUCCUAUAUAAGCCAUGUUGGACCGCAUUCAAUUCCAUAGGAUGUUCAAGUGCACCCUCAUUUUCAGAAUGAAUUAUAGUCUUACGCCAUGGUAUUUAUCCGGAACUUGAACUGUCUUCCUCUUGCUUUAACUCUCUUCCUUGUCACCUUUUGCAUUAAACUAAAAGGAGUCUUAUUGCUUUGAUAUCCCCUUUUGCUUUAACAAUACUGGAUGGAACCAUUGAACAGAAUGGACUGAUUACUGUAAAUGAUAGUGAAAAUUGGAAUUACAUCAUUUGAUGACCAAUGUCCUUUACAUAGCAGACAAAGAGACUCGUCUAAAAUGAUGUUAAGAAACUUCAAUACAUUUUAAAUCCUAUAUAAGCCAUGUUGGACCACUUUCACUUCCAUAGGAUGUUCAAGUGCACCCUCAUUUUCAGAAUGAAUUAUAGUCUUACACCUUGGUAUUUAUCCGGAACUUGAACUGUCUUCCUCUUGCCAGGAAUACAGCACCAUCUCUGACUUCUUAGUCAUUGUUCAGAAGAUAAAUAGAGUAGCAGGGAUGCAUAAUAUAUGGGAAGACAAACUUAAUGGUGUGAUGCUUAUGUGGUGUUGCUGAGAUACAGGGGGAAUAAAAAAUGGUGGAAGUUUAGGUCUCAGGGUGACCUGGAUAGCAACAUGCUCAUAAUUGUCUAAAAUGCGACCCACCCUAGAAAUGCUUUGCAAAUUUGUCGUAAGUUUAGAUUCAUGUCAAUUUGUAUGCUUUCCAUUAUCAAAGAAGAAAGGUAUAUUUUGUUUUGUAGUCACUUGGUUUUUCAAGCUUGUGAUACAUAGAGCGUUUCUGCGCAAGCGCUUCAAAUCAAUGAACUGAUUAUCUUUUAUAAUGAAGCAUAAAAUUUUUAUCAAGAGAACAAUACUUAAGUUUUCAUGACUGUUUCAUGGUCGGUUGUUGAAUGUUCAUUUUUUUAGGUUAUCGUUAACAGACUCUGGGGCCAAGUGACAGCAGGAAAGUUGAUGAAAUGAAUACUUGGAAGCUUGUGGUCAUCUUUGCCUAAGCAUUAAAAAGGUUAUUCACAAAUGGUAGGAGGGAAGAAUAAAGAAGUGUAUUGCAAGAGAAGUAAUUGAGAUAAUGAGUUAAUAACAGUGGCGAAGGAAGAAUUUUUGUUUAAUUUGGUCAAAAGUUUGAGAAUAAGUGUUGUGGGGAAUUUGCUUUUUAAAAUGUGAAAUUUUGCCAGAAAAGACCUAUUCCUCUUUCUUCAAGUUGUCUUUGUUUUGGGACUGAAAAAAUAUCCUAUACAUUGUAUGUUUUCCAUGAUCACCAUGAGAUUAACAGGACAUCCAUGACUAUUUUCUAAAGGCACACCCACAAAAACCUUUAGAAGUUUCAAAAGUCGAGUGAAUCUCUCUGCUAGUAACUUGCAAGCUGACCUGAAUGCAGGGUUCCCCAGAUUCUACCACCACUUGACCAUAGUGGAGCUAAAGGUUGUCUGAUGCUUGUUGGGUGAAGAGAGGGGGAAUGAGGAACAGAAUUAUGAUCAGAUUGCAUUCCCCGACUUGGAGGAAUUUAUGCAGGUUUGGUUGGCACCACCACCCAGUAUCAUCUACUUCAAUUCUCGUGGUUGACAAAUUUCAACGACAAAGUCUAUUCUCCAAAAUCUGUCUGCACUUUUCUGGUACAAACUACAACUGAAACUGGUACACAUUCUGUAUUUCUACGCUGAGAACACAUGGUUUCUGGAGACACGAUGUAUGUUAAACAUCACAAGCAUGAUGCACUUCAACAUUUGAUUGAUUGAGAAUUUGAGAUAACAAAAUGAUAUCAUUUGGGUUUCCAGAAUUGGAUGUAACUUGGUUUUCAGGUGAUGCCACAAAAGUAGAUUCCUUGUGGUUUUUAAGUUUUACAGUAAGGCAACUCAGCCAUCACCAUUAGGGGUAAAGCUGAGUUGGGUACUCCUGAAAUUCAUUUUUAACCCAGAUCAUCAUAGAUUUCUGAGUUGGGUAUUCGAGAUCAAGCCAUCUUAGCGAAAAGCUUAAUAAACACAUGCGCGCGCACACCCACACGUGCUGUGUUAAAAGAAAAUAUCAAAAUACAUCUUAGAAGAUUUGCUUUAGUUAGAAAGCAUCCAAUAAGCAAAAGUGCAGUACAUUUAGCAGCAUCUUCACUCGUAUUCCAGUACUGUUCUCACAAUAGAAGGAAAGAAUGUUGUUUGUGUUCUCUCUCUCUCUCUCUCUCUCUCUCUCUCUAUAUAUAUAUAUAUAUAUAUAUAUAUAUAUAUAUGAAGGAAGGAAAAGCAGUCCGAUAUCAUAGUUACUAUCCUAUAUCUGUAAUGGUGUAUUCCAUUCUUCUGUUCAGGCUGUCUUUCCUCUUCCUUUACUUUACCUUUUAACAGUUAAAAUAACUCAAAGUUAAAGCUUCACAUAUUCCUUUCCUUCCAUGAGAAAUCCUAAUUUCCUUCACUCUUUUCCUUACUUUUGUUAAGAGUUUUUAAUGUUGCUAAUUGGGAUUCAUGAGCAUCUGAGUGAAUUCCUGACUUGUAAUUGCUCGAGGUUCAUAAUAUCUCUUCUUUUUCGAUGUGGGAAUUGUUGAAAAAGUGAUAUUGGACUUUGAGCCAACUUCAAUUUGUGAAGUUAAAUUUGUUGAAGUUUCAAAAUAAUGGGGAUUGGAUUAGAAAAUCUUUGACUUUAUAAGACAUAUUACUUACCUUUUUCUCGAUAGAGAAUAUAGAAGAAUGGAUGAUCCAAGCUUUUAUUUUUUGGAAAAAAAUUUAAUAAGGUAUUAAACAUUAUGCAAAUUAAUAAUUAAUAAGUAGCCACUAUCUAAGUUCACAAAAAAAAAAAUUACUAAAUUAAUAAUUAUUAAACUCCCUAAAUUAAAUUUCCAACCCUAAAGCCAAAGGUUAAAUAAUUCCCCAUUCAAAAAAAAGAAUGAAAACUUUAAAUAUGACUGACUACCUUAGAAUAAAUAUACACUUCAUUUAUUUUCAUCACACUUUUUUCUUUUUUCUUUUUUUUCAUCAUGAAUCCAUCUCUUAUUAAUUUUGUUUUCUUUUUCUUUCUUUGUUUUAAAAAUGGACAUUAAAAGGUAAAGGGUAUUUUUAUUAAAAUAUAUAGGACCACAUUUAAUGUUUAUAAAAUAUAAGAUAGAGUUUGUUUUUUAAUUGAAUAGAAAAAAUCAAAAACAUUGACUAAGCGUCUGAUUUUGAAAUGAUUUUGUAUUAAUUUUUUGUUUGCAAAAUCUGUCCCUUGAAAAGUUUUUUCAAAAACCUCGCUAAAAUAGACUUUAGUAUACUAUUUCUAUUGGGGCUUGUAAAAUCAACCAUUUCUCAAUGCAAAAUAUCCAUAUCAGUGAUCAGAAUAGACUCCAUGAAAAUGGGGUGUUAGAGAGGGAGAUGAAAAUGGCUAUAUACCCAUUACCCACAAGUCAAGUAUCAAAAUUUGUAUGGACAGGACCUCACCAAACAGUUACGAGACAGUGGACGCCCACAUCUCCCGCUCAAACUCCUCAAUUUAGACUCUCCUUUGGAUGCCACUAUAUAACCCAUAUCCUCAACUCCACUUCUUCAUUUUUAAUUUGGCCGAGCCAAACCAUGCAGCAAGCCUAGAAAAAUUUCACUCUGGUUCAGUGGGUUGGUCAGUUUACGUCUGACCCUGAAGAGCCAAGGGGCUAGACCCUGGACCCUGGUUAAUUUCUUACAUUUGAUAGUCACAAAUAGAAAGAGAAGGAAUAGCAUAUGAUCAUGAAAAUGGGGGCAUAUAAGUUCAGUAGUCUUUUGUUGUUGUCUUUCUUUGCAUUUGCUGUGUUGGCUCCGUCGAUUCGAGCCCACAUCGGAGAAUUUGAUGAGGUGUGGCAGAAGCGAGCUGAGGAGGCCCAGAAGGCUGCAUUGGAGGCCUAUCAACCGAACCCGGAAGAGGUCACCAACCAGUUCAACAAGAAUGUCCGCAAGUCCAUGCAGGGAACCAACACAACGAGGAGGAACUUGAGGAGUAACAAUGGUCCAUGCAUGGCCACGAACCCUAUCGACAGGUGCUGGAGAUGCAAGCAGGACUGGGCUAAAAACCGAAAGAAGCUAGCUGACUGUGUGCUGGGGUUCGGGCGCAGGACUACAGGAGGAAAGGAUGGAGAAUUCUAUGUGGUAACUGAUGCCUCAGACAAUGACAUGAUCGACCCAAAACCCGGUACUCUUCGCCAUGCUGUGAUCCAGAAGGAGCCACUGUGGAUCAUAUUUGCCCGCGACAUGAUAAUAAGGUUGAAACAGGAGCUGAUCAUGGCUGGCAACAAGACCAUCGAUGGCCGUGGGGCUAAUGUUCACAUUGCAUAUGGUUGUGGCAUUACUAUACAGUUUGUGAAGAAUAUCAUCAUCCAUAACCUCCAUAUACAUGACAUUGUUCCUGCUCAAGGUGGGAUGAUUAGAGACUCUGUAGAUCAUUAUGGCCUCAGAACUGCCAGUGAUGGAGAUGGGGUUUCGAUAUUCGGCUCAUCCAACGUCUGGGUGGAUCAUCUCUCCAUGUCCAACUGCAAGGAUGGGCUUGUUGAUGUGAUCAUGGCAUCCACAGCCAUCACCAUUUCAAACUGCCAUUUCACUAAUCACAAUGAGGUGAUGCUGUUUGGUGGCAGCAAUAAUUUCCAGGGCGAUAAGAUCAUGCAAGUGACAGUGGCAUUCAACCAUUAUGGAAGAGGACUAGUCCAGAGAAUGCCAAGAUGCAGAUAUGGCUUCGUCCAUGUUGUCAACAACGAUUACACUCACUGGCUCAUGUAUGCCAUUGGUGGUAGCCAGAACCCCACCAUCAUAAGCCAGGGGAACCGGUUCAUCGCCCCUCCAAAUAUGGCUUGCAAGGAGGUAACCAAGAGGGACUAUGCAAGCCCAGAUGAGUGGAAAUCUUGGACAUGGAUCUCACAAGGGGAUCUGCUACAAAACGGAGCAUUCUUUGUUCAGUCUGGAGACCCUAAAAAGAAGCAUCCAUUCACCAGGUACGACAUGAUAAAGGCGAAGCCUGGCACAUUUGUUAACAGGCUCACUCGCUUUUCGGGGUCGCUGGGCUGCAAGGUGAACCAACCAUGUUAGCACUGAUAAGAGGAUGAAACGCACAGGAGGAGAGGAAGAUGAGGUGUAGAGAGCCAAGACCAAGUGAAUUGUGGGGUGGGGGAGAGAAUUUCAUUUGGUCCAAUUCCUCCGCCCAUCUUAUGGGGUAUCAUUUAUUAUUACAAUAUUACUUGAUUAUGUAUGUAAUUACUAAUUAGUUGUGGAGCAUCUAAUCUGUGGUACAAGCGCACAGAUGAGAGUUUUAAAUUUGUAACUCCUUUCUUUUCCUACUUCAAUAACUCUGACAAUAUGAAUUGUAAAUCCAAGUUUAGCCACCACA